AUGAAAGAUCCUUUCUUUUUCGAGCCCAUACCAUGGCUUGUGAAGGCAACACAGCCAUGGGCUGACUUCCUCUCCCUCCCGUCGCUGCCGCUCCACGUCCACGAGGUCCUCGCCGCCGCCGUGCUCUACUCGAUCAUCUAUUACCCGGUAUCUCCCUUGAUCUCGCGCCUGCUCGUCGGCCGCAAGUAUACCGAUCUGCCUAGGAAGAAGAGGGUCAACUGGGACGCACAUGUUGUCUCAUUCUUCCAGAGCACCCUCAUCAACGUCCUAGCCCUCUGGACAAUGUAUGUCGACGAAGAGCGCAGCCAGAUGGACUGGCAAGAGCGCAUUUGGGGCUACACCGGUCCUGCCGGCUUGAUUCAGGCCCUCGCUACCGGCUACUUCCUUUGGGAUUUAGUGGUCACAAGCUGCAACAUGGAUGUUUUUGGCCUGGGCACGCUUGCUCACGCUGUCAGCGCCCUUUUUGUCUAUUCCCUUGGAUUCAGGCCGUUCAUCAACUACUACGGCUGCGUCUUUAUUCUCUGGGAGCUUUCGACCCCUUUCCUCAAUAUUCACUGGUUCUUCGACAAGCUGGGCAUGACAGGCUCCCGUGCUCAACUUUACAAUGGCCUGAUGCUCCUCUUCAGCUUCUUUUCCGCGCGUCUCGUCUACGGAACGUAUCAGUCGUACAGAGUCUUCUCCGAUAUCUUCGCCGCCAUCGAUGCCAACCCCGUCUUGCCCGUCAACCCCGACACCGGUGCCGUACUGGUCCCGACUGGCGUCAUGAGAUUUGCGACGCCGACGUCAACCGUCCCAACUUGGCUGGCCCUCACCUACCUCAUAAGUAAUAUCACUCUCAACGGGCUGAACUUCUACUGGUUCGUCAUGAUGAUUCGUGCUGUGCGCAAGAGGUUUCAGCCGGUCCAGUCAUCCGAGAAGGUUGCCAUCACCGAGUCCUCGGCCUCGAAGACAUCAUCCCGCUCCGGACAGACCCCCAUUCGGCGGCGAAAGGCAUGA